CGAAAAGUUAUAUCACUCUAACGGAGGUGCCGAAAAUUGCCAAAUUUAGCAAAAAUAUGCUGUCUAUUGUUUUCAAAUUUUCUAUAAACAUAAAAACUGUAAAAAUUCUUUAGAGAGACCUUACGUAUAUGAGCCCGUUGCAGUUUUUUCUGCCGUACAACGUCGGAUGUAUGCAAAAAGUGGAAUGUGGAAUGCCAAUGAAAGCGAAAUGAAACCAUAGGAAAUCAAUUUAUCACAACACCUUGAGUAGCGCACAGAAAUAGCACGUUUUGUCUACAUCUAACUCUUUAUUUGAAUUUGAAAAUGAUGAACAAAGGCAAAUGGUAGAAAUUCUACAUAAUACUCUUUGCAUUUAUUAAAUCAACAUCGAAAUCCAAAUCAAUGUCAAUGCCAGACAUUUGGAAAAUGACAUAAUGUGCCGUAGUAGAACAAUAAAGCUAAAACUAAAAUUGAAAUGCAAACGCAAAAAAAUUGCACAUUACGUGAAACGUUUCAAUUAUUAAAUCCAAAAUUCAAACAAAUCAAAAUCCACAAAAACAAGAAAUAUUUUCGGAAAAUAGUGUCUUGCAAAAUUUAGAUUGUGAUUAUCAAAAUGCAAACGAUUUUCGAGAAGAUUCAAUCGAGGCCGAAUAAUUUCCUGAUUGCAAUGACAAUUAAUUUGUUUAUGCUAGAGAAAUCGAUUCUGCCAGGUGAAUGUGUUCAUGGUUACAGAAAUAAUACCGAAAGCGCUGAGCUGGUUUCGCAUUACGAGUCGAGUUUAUCUUUACCGGAUAUAUUGCCGAUUCCUUCCAAAACUUACGACAAGAAUCGGGCACCCAAACUAUUGGGUCAGCCCACAGUGGUCUAUUUCCAUGUUACGGUUCUAUCAUUGGAUUCCAUUAACGAGGAAUCGAUGACCUAUGUAACGGACAUAUUUCUAGCACAAAGCUGGCGUGAUCCUCGUCUGCGCUUGCCCGAGAAUAUGAGCGAACAGUAUCGCAUUCUGGAUGUGGACUGGCUACACAGCAUUUGGCGGCCCGAUUGCUUCUUUAAGAAUGCCAAAAAGGUGACCUUCCAUGAGAUGAGUAUACCGAAUCAUUAUCUCUGGCUUUAUCACGAUAAGACACUCCUAUAUAUGUCCAAACUAACGCUGGUAUUAUCCUGUGCCAUGAAAUUCGAGUCUUAUCCGCACGACACUCAAAUUUGCUCCAUGAUGAUCGAAAGUCUAUCGCAUACAGUUGAGGAUUUAGUAUUUAUUUGGAAUAUGACAGAUCCGUUGGUGGUCAAUGCAGAAAUCGAAUUACCACAAUUAGAUAUAUCGAAUAAUUAUACAACUGAUUGCACCAUAGAAUACUCAACGGGUAACUUUACCUGUUUAGCAAUUGUCUUCAAUUUACGCCGCCGAUUGGGUUAUCAUCUAUUCCAUACAUACAUUCCAUCCGCCUUGAUUGUGGUCAUGUCCUGGAUAUCGUUUUGGAUUAAGCCAGAGGCUAUACCCGCUCGUGUGACAUUGGGUGUAACGUCGCUGUUGACACUGGCCACUCAGAAUACACAAUCCCAGCAAUCGCUGCCACCUGUUUCGUAUGUCAAGGCCAUAGAUAUCUGGAUGUCGACAUGCUCGUUAUUUGUGUUUCUAUCACUCAUGGAAUUCGCGGUAGUUAACAAUUAUAUGGGACCAGUGGCCACCAAAGCCAUGAAGGGUUAUUCCGAUGAGAAUAUCGCAGAUAUGGAUGAUUUAAAGCAUCAUCGAGAGUCAAUCAUAGAGCCACAAUAUGAUACUUUCUGCCAUGGACAUGCCACUGCAAUUUAUAUAGACAAAUUUUCGCGCUUCUUUUUCCCAUUCUCCUUCUUCAUACUCAACAUUGUCUAUUGGACAACAUUCCUAUGAUAAAUCGACAGCAAAACGGGAAAUUGAUAUACCAGAGUAAAUAUAUACUAAUAUGUUUCAAUAUAAUAAUGAAAUACAAAGCGCAUUUGUUUAAAAAUGUA